CAUUUUCAUUAGUGUCUUAUUCAAAGAUUGAAUUAUGUAACAAUGACGUUUCUGGGGAACGUGGUGGGAGUUUCUCUCCCUUGCUAACUCUCUGAGCCAGGGAGAGGUGGGAAAAAGCAUCAUUUUUGUGCUUCGAACUUGCAACAUGUUUUAAAAAGGAGUAGUUCAGCUAAGUGAAGAGACAUGACUUCAGUUGCAGCAUCUGCAUUUGGAUGAUAACUUAGUGUCGUAGAACUCUCAAGGAAGGCAGAAUGCGGUACAAGAAAUACAUAACUAUUUUAGAAGCAGCAAUAGGUAUUACUCCCCUUAACAAGCGGGAGCUGCUUCCUGAGGGUAGACAUGCCAAUCUGUGGCAACAUCCAGGGGAGCAAACAACUGCACUGCCGUCUCCUUGUGCAUGGGACUGGGAGCACAGCUGUACAUCAAGCCCAAAGCAUCUCACAGCCAGUGGGCAGAGACAUUCAAAACCCGUUGUUCCUCACAAGGCCCCAGGCAUGGAAGAGUUGAUGUGGGAACAGUACACUGUGACCUUACAAAAGGAUUCAAAAAGAGGAUUUGGAAUUGCAGUUUCUGGUGGCAGAGAUAAUCCUCAUUUUGAAAAUGGUGAAACAUCGAUAGUCAUUUCAGAUGUUCUCCCAGGUGGCCCAGCAGAUGGAUUACUUCAAGAAAAUGACCGGGUGGUCAUAGUUAAUGGAACCCCAAUGGAAAAUGUUCCACAUUCUUUUGCAGUUCAACAGCUUAGGAAAAGUGGAAGAGUGGCCACCAUUGUAGUGAAAAGACCAAGGAAAGUGCAGGCUGCUGUGCUGAAGAGAAGCCCCUCUCUUGACUAUGAAGACAGAGCUUUAGAUGUACUGGAUGACCACGCAGAAUUUGAUGGCAAGAGUGCUCGAAGUGGCUAUAGUGACAGAAGCUGGCAUAGUGGUAAUGGAGGGCGCAGCCAAAGCUGGGGGAACAGCCUGGAUCAGAGCUAUAGAGAUGAACAAGAUAGAGGACGAAACCGAAGCAGAGACCGUGAUAAGGAACGCAGCUACAGCCGUGACCGGAGCCGUGGCAGGAGUGUUGACAGGAGCUUGGAUCGAGACUACAGAAGAGAUCGGAGCAGGGGAAGGAGCAUUGACAGGGAUGGCUAUGAACAGAAUUACAGAGGAGACUACAGCCCACCCAGUUAUAGUCAUAGAUCUCAACCUGAUCCUAGAUAUGAGAGGGAAGUGAGGAGUCGAAGUCGGGAUAGGCUUCAUUCCCGAAGUCCUUCACCUGAAAUGCACCAUCAACAUGACUACAUAGGCCCUCAGGAUCCAAACGGGCCCAUCAGUGUUCUCUUAACAAAAGGCAGACAUAAUGAAGAAUAUGGUCUCCGGCUUGGAAGUCAGAUCUUCAUAAAAGAAAUGACCCGUACUGGCCUAGCAACCAAAGAUGGCAACCUUCAUGAAGGAGAUAUCAUUCUCAAGAUCAAUGGUACAGUGACAGAAAACAUGUCUUUAGCUGAUGCCCGAAAAUUGAUUGAGAAGUCACGGGGGAAGCUUCAGUUGGUUGUCCUCAGGGACAGAAAGCAGACACUGCUCAACAUUCCUUCAUUGAACGACAGUGACUCAGAAAUGGAUGACAUUUCUGAAAUAGAGUCAAACAGAUCUUUGUCCCCUCAAGAUGACAGAUUACAUCAUUCUGAUUUAGAUUCACAUUCGUCCAAUGAAAAGCUGAAAGAGAAAUCAAAUGUAAAAGAUGAUCCAUCUAGUAAGAUGUCCAGGAUAGGAGCAAUGCCUACACCAUUCAAAUCGAUUGGUGACAUUGCUAUUCCUGCUGUUACAGUUGUAGACACAAACAAAGAACUGAAGUAUCAAGAUGACACAGCAGUGUCUCAACCAAAAGCAGUUACAAGAACGGUUCUUAAACCCAGCCCUGAAGAUGAAGCAAUAUAUGGUCCUAAUACAAAAAUGGUGAGAUUCAAGAAAGGGGACAGUGUGGGCCUGCGAUUGGCUGGUGGAAAUGAUGUAGGGAUAUUCAUUGCUGGAAUCCAAGAAGGCACUUCAGCUGAUCAAGAAGGACUGCAGGAAGGCGAUCAGAUUCUUAAGGUGAAUACUCAAGACUUCAGAGGCAUUGUUCGGGAAGAUGCUGUUUUGUAUCUCUUAGAAAUUCCUAAAGGUGAAACAGUGACAAUUUUGGCCCAAAGCAAAUACGAAGUCUACAGAGAUAUCAUGGCCUGUGGAAGAGGAGAUUCAUUCUUCAUUAGAAGCCACUUUGAGUGCGAAAAAGAGUCACCACAGAGCUUAGCAUUCACCAGAGGGGAGAUCUUUAGAGUAGUUGAUACAUUGUAUGAUGGCAAACUGGGAAACUGGCUGGCUGUGAGAAUUGGAAAUGAACUGGAAAAGGGCCUCAUUCCAAAUAAAAGCAGAGCUGAGCAGAUGGCCAGUGUUCAAAAUGCCCAAAAAGAUGGCUCAAGCGACAGGGCAGACUUCUGGAGAACACGUGGCCAGCGAUCUGGAGUGAAGAAGAAUCUGAGGAAGAGUCGUGAAGAUCUGUCAGCAAUUUUAUCUGUGGGCACAAAAUUCCCAGCUUAUGAGCGAGUUCAGCUGCGCGAGGCUGGUUUUAAGAGACCGGUGGUGAUAUUUGGCCCUAUUGCAGAUGUUGCUAUGGAGAAGUUAUCAAAUGAUUUGCCUCACCUGUAUCAGACAGCAAAGACAGAACCCAGAGACGCAGGUUCAGAGAAGUCAACUGGGGUAGUGCGCUUGAACACUGUGAGGCAAAUCAUUGAGCAGGAUAAACAUGCUUUGCUGGAUGUGACUCCUAAGGCAGUGGACCUGCUAAAUUAUACCCAGUGGUUUCCAAUUGUGGUCUUCUUUAACCCAGACAGUAAACAGGGUGUGAAAACAAUGAGACAAAGGCUAUGUUCCACAUCUAACAAGAGCUCCAGAAAACUCUAUGAGCAAGCAAACAAACUGAAGAAAACUUGUUCCCACCUUUUUACAGCCACUAUCAAUUUGAAUUCAGCCAAUGACAGCUGGUAUGGCAGUCUAAAAGAUACAAUUCAGCAGCAGCAAGGAGAAGCAGUGUGGGUAUCAGAGGGAAAGAUGGAUGGCAUGGAAGAUGAUGCAGAUGAUCGUAUGUCUUACCUUACUGCAAUGGGUGCUGACUAUUUGAGUUGUGACAGUCGACUUAUCAGUGACCUAGAGGACACAGAUGGAGAAGGAGGUGCAUACACUGACAAUGAACUUGAUGAGCCCUUGGAUGAGCCAAGGAUUUCAUCUGUUAGCCGGUCUUCUGAACCUGUGCAUCAUGAGGAGGGUUUGAAAAAAUUUAGUCCAGAACCAAGGACUCAGUUGAAAAAAGCUGGUAGCAGAGAGAUCCUUAGAGAACCAAGUCCACCUCCGGCAUUCAAGCCUGAACCACCUAAGGGAAAGUUACAAAAUAAAGAAGAUCUCUAUGAUUUUCCCAAGAACUAUGACUCCAGAUCAAGUAACAUUGCUGUCACCAGUGAGAUUUCAACUGUAUCAGCUAAACCAGCACCACCACCAGUUUCUGUGAAACCUGCAUUUGGGCGUCCCAUCCUGAGAAACUCUCAGCCAGCAGUCCCACCUGCAGAGGAGGAGGAGGAGGCCAAGCUGGAUGAGGAAGGAAGUGAACAAGAAAGUACUCCAAAAUCUGUACUGAGGAAAGUAAAAAUAUUCGAAGAGAUGGAUCAUAAGGCAAGGAUGCAAAGAAUGCAAGAGCUACAAGAGGCCCAGAAUGCCAGGCUUGAAAUAGCCCAGAAGCAUCCAGAUAUUUAUGCUGUCCCUGUGAAAACACAGAAGUCAGAACAGAGCUGGUCCCAGCCUAUGAGCUCCAGACCUCCAGAGCCCCAGAAAGCUCCUCUUAGACCUUACCUAGAGAACCAUGGCAGUUAUGGCAGCGAUGCAGAGGAGGAGGAGGAGUACCGUCGGCAGCUAUCAGACCACUCUAAGAAGGGCUAUUAUGGACAACCAUCCAGAUACAGAGACACAGAAUUGUAGGCUUGCUAGUAUGUGCACAUAUAAUGCUCUUUUGAGGCUUCUUCCUUCACAGCCAAGUGGAGGAGUAGUUAGUCUUGAAAAGCGGUAUUUUUCUUAAGGGUGGUGUUAGAGGGUACCCUACUCAACUUAGACAUAUCUAUGCGCUGGAACUGGAAGAGUUCAUUAUUGGGGAUAUUUUUUGUUAGCAACUAAGAGAAGAAAUCACUAUUGCCUGAAUGCUGUUGCCUGCUUUGUAAGGACCA